AUGCAGCGUCUGCUGUACUCGAUGGGUCUUGGGAGGAUUUAUACAAAGGAAACUGCGGCCUACCUACGGACGCCGAACAGUUUUGGAAACAAGUGCUCUCACCUCCAAAACACGCGGAUAGCCGACCAAGUCGCAUAUACCAUCCGACUGGAGCUUGAUCGAGCCAAUUACAGGAGAGGAAUUUGGCCGUACGAUCCGUUAAAUGGACAAUUCGUCUCCAGGCCUGGACAAGCUCACACCCAGGACGCUCCGCCGUGUAAAGAAAUAUCGCCCCUGAAAUCUUCCGAUGCCUACUUAGAUAGCCUUUCAACAGAACUGAUGGCCUGGGUUACACUCACAAAAUGUUGUUACGUCCCAAACCUCCGCUGUUUGGGACGGCCCGUUUUUGAGAAGUUUAGGGCACUCACGUCAACGUCUUUCAUUCAUCCUGACCUAAUCGCUCGCUGUGAUAUACGUAAGUAUAGUCUCGGAUGGGUAUGGAGAAAUUUUGUAGAACAAAGCGAGGCAGAUGUACGGUGCUUUAAAUCGUUCUUUUGCCAGCAACUCAACUCUUUUACCAUGAAUUGUGAUGCUGAUAUUUGGUUCACCAAUCGAUGA